AUGCCUGAACAGCAGCUGGUGAAACCAACUGAGUGGAGCUACUGUGACUACUUCUGCGCUGAUAAGAAAGACCCCCAAGGCAAUGGCACCAUGGCAGGCAAGGUAGAGAAACCCCUAAUAAACUUUCGUGAGAACUUCAAGAAAGACAUGAAAAAGUGUGACCACCAUAUCACUGACCUCCACAAGCAACUAACCAGCCACUAUGCAUUGGUGGAGAAGGCCCAGAAAGCCCUCACAAAGCAGCAGAGAGACCUGGAGAUGAAGACCCAGCAGUUGGAGAUCAAACUGAGCAACAAGAUGGAGGAGGACAUCAAGAAGUCAUGGAGGAAGUCCACACAGACUGGUGAUGACCUCCUGUGCUGUGUGGAACUCAACAACCAAGCCCAGUCCAAGUGGUUUGAAGAGAUGGUAAUUAUCAUCAUGCCUGAGAAAUUCACCAAUGUGACCACCAUAACAGAAUUCUUGCUUAUGGGAUUCCCUAAUGACAAGGUGCUACAGAGACUAUGUGCCAUGCUCUUCUUCCUGAUUUAUCUGGCUGCACUGAUAGGAAAUAUCCUUAUUAUUACUCUCACCACCAUAGACCAGCACCUCCAAUCCCCCAUGUAUUUCUUCCUGAAGAACUUGUCCUUCAUUGAUAUCUGCUAUAUCACUGUCACUGUCCCUAAAUCCAUCAUGAACUCUCUGACCAAUAUCCACUCCAUCUCCUUUCUGGGAUGUGCCUCACAGGUUUUCUUUGUUAUAUUUUUGGCUGGCACAGAGUUUUUCCUCCUUCUAGUGAUGUCCUAUGACCGCUAUGCUGCCAUCUGCCAACCUCUGCAUUAUGGGACCAUCAUGAAUAGAUAUGUCUGUGUGCAGAUGGUGAUUAUAUCAUGGUUCAGUGGCUGUGUAUAUGGAUCCCUUCAUGUUGCAGGCACAUUCACUGCCCAUUUCUGUGGAACCAACAUAGUGCAUCAGUUCUUUUGUGAUAUUCCAUCAUUACUUAUGGUUUCUUGUUCUAGGAAUAACAUUCUAGAAUAUAUAUUUAUCAUUGUUAGCUGUUGUUUUGCAUUCUUAUGUUUUAUUUCAAUGGUUGUUUCCUAUGUUUACAUUUUCACCACUGUCCUUAGAAUUCCUUAUGCAAAAGGCAGAUUCAAAAUUUUCUCCACCUGCCUGCCCCAUCUUACUGUGGUGACUUUGUUUCUCUCCUCUGGAUUUAUCGCAUAUUUAUGUUCAGCAUCAAAGUCCCCAUCUUCCCUGAACCUCUUUAUGUCAGUGUCAUACUCUCUCUUACCUCCCAGUCUGAAUCCUGUCAUUUACAGUCUGAGAAACAGGGACAUGAAAGUAGCCCUAAACAACAUUUUUGUUGGGAAAAUGAUCCCUAACUUGUAA